CUAGACGUCAAAAUUUAGGAAAUAUCACUUUGAACAAUUGUAAUGUUGUCACACAUAACGAAACUUAUCGACAUUUAUUGGAUAAAAGAUUUAAACAUAUUGAUACUAUCACAAAAGUUAAUUAUGUGUUUAUGCUACAUUUAGCAGACAUGUUAAACGUCACUAUGAACUUUUCUUUCGUUGGUACCUGGGGUUAUUUAAGUAAUAAUUCACAGUGGACUGGGAUGAUUGGAGAGUUGACAAGAAAACAUGCGGAUAUUGGAGGUACGCCGCUGUUUUUCACUAGUGAUAGAGUGCCUAUCAUUGAUUACAUAGCAAUGACGACGCCUACAAAGUCAAAGUUUGUCUUUCGACAGCCGAAACUUUCGUAUAUCACCAAUGUUUACACUUUGCCGUUUAACACGGGGGUGUGGUUGGCUAGUAUGGCAAGUGUGGUGAUUACAGCAGCCGGGUUGUAUGUGGGAGUUAAGUGGGAAUGGUACAAACGCAGAAAAUACGUUGCAUAUACAAAUGUCUCAAACACAGAUGAACUCCAAGAUGAUCCUGUGGACGUUGCUUUCGUAGCUUUUGCUGCAGUUUGUCAACAAGGUGCAAGUGCAAUUCCCUUCAGCAUAACCGGACGCAUUAUUACCAUUUUAAUGUACACGUCUUUAAUGUUUCUGUAUACUUCAUAUUCUGCUAAUAUUGUUGCCCUCUUACAAUCGUCUUCUACAUCAAUUCAAACCUUGGAGGAUUUGCUUAAAAGUCGUCUGCAGGUUGGAGUUGAUGACACUGUAUUCAACCAAUUUUAUUUUCCGAAUGCUUCUGAACCUGUAAGAAGAGCAAUAUAUCGCCAGAAAGUGGUACCACCUGGUCAGAAACCAAGAUUUUUCCCAAUUGAAGAAGGAGUUCGCAGAUUGAGAGAAGGAUUGUUUGCUUUUCAUAUGGAAACAGGAGCCGGGUAUAAAAUAGUGGGCGAAACUUUUUUGGAAGAUGAAAAGUGUGGUUUGAAAGAGAUACAGUUCCUGCAGGUGCCUGAUCCUUUCUUGGCCGUUCAGAAAAACACGUCUUUUAAGGAAAUUAUUAAGAUUGGUUUAAGGAAAAUGCAUGAAAGUGGUAUUCAAAACCGUGAGGUCUCAUUGCUCUACACCAAACGACCAAUAUGUAUGUCCCGUGGUAGUUCGUUUAUGGGUGUCGCCAUCGUGGAUUGUUAUCCUGCUGCGUUGGUCUUUGUCGUUGGCAUUAUAAUCGCCUUCGGCAUUUUCAUUCUGGAACUGUUUGCGCAUCAAUUUGCUCGCUGCGGUUAUAGAUUUGCUUUUCCGCGAUUCAAGCAACAAAUACCCACUUAAAACCGCAAAUACCACGUAAACCCAACCUCAAUGUGUGUGUGUGUCGUGUGUGAGGGUUAUUUAUUCACGAAAGCGGGAAACUAGAUCGAUUAUAUUCAAUCAAUUACACUCUUGUGGCUUUAUCAAGUUGUUUUUGUGGGCAUUUUUCGUAAAUAAUGCACGUUUGGAUUGAUCAUGAUCAAAAGCAUUCAGUGGUAGGUAUUAACCCACUAAACCAAUAUCAAAAUGGCGGGUAAUAAAAAGGAAUAUUUGAUUACACAAAGAAAUGCUAAGUUUAGGAUAAUUUUUGAUGAUAACACAGAGAUAUUAAUAAAAACCCAAAAUUGAACAUGACAUAA